AUGGGGCUACCUUCGGACUUUUGCUGCCCUCCUACUUCGACUUGUAUAGCUUUAGCACAGAACACCACCUUAUUAUGCUGUCCUAGUGGGAGUGAUUGUUCCACUAUCCAACCCAUCACAUGCGACAUAGCUCAACAAAAUAUCACUGCACAUCCCGAUAAUACACUCAAAACUACAGCUUUGACGGCGAGUUUGGAAAAAUGUGGCAGUAAUUGCUGUCCAUUUGGGUAUACUUGCGUGAAUGGUAACUGCCAGAUGAACGCCGAUCAAGCAGAUUCCGUUCCAGGUCAACAACAGAGUUCUGCAGUAAUCAGCGCAACAUCAUCCGUAGCGACGAGCUCAGGUACAAAAGCAACAGCUACCUCAACCAAUCCCUCGCUGUCUAUUAUCCCAUCCUCUACCUCGGUUGCGCCUUCAACCGACACACCUAUCGCUGUCAUCCCAAAGACAUGCAACAAAUUUCCCAUUGAUGCAAUCCUCGUAGGUUUUUUCCCUGGCAUUGCUUUAGGAGUCAUCCUCGCCCUUCUCAGCGUGUGCUUUCUUGGCCGACGCAAAGAAAGCAACCGCAAAAGUGGCUCCUCCUUCGGAAAUAUAUCCGAUCCCGUCCCCACCAGCGACAUACGUACCGAUUUCCUUCGCAAGAUGCCUCAAACCCCCUCCACGUCAGCUGGCGGUACUCCUCGAAGACAAAACACCGUCAAUCGUGUUCGAUCACUAUUCCGAAAAUCCACCGCCACAGGAAUGGCCAACAGUCCACGUAUGGCAUUUCAAAAUAGUCCACCUCCCGCACCACCCAUCCCUCUAAACAUACAAAGACAAAAACAAACACUCGUACCCGAUGGCCGACCCGUCACCCCGCCUGCACAACGCGAACCUAGUUUUGAAGAUAUAAAUAUUUUUACCGAUGCCGAUACCGCGAGCUCCUUUCGUGAAGCGAGGAAUCAACAACAUCAACAGAAUGUAAAUUAUCUUGGUGUGCCACCGGCAUUUGGGAUACAGGGGAGAGGAAGUCAUCAAACGACAUUUACGGAUAUGAUGGAGAGGAGUGGGUUAGCGGGAUUGCAAAAGGGUCAACUCCACCGCAAAGAGAAAGAAUGGGGAAGAAUGUAUGGGUUCUGGGAGUUUUUAUAG